AUGGCAGCCAAGCUGAACAAGGUGGAAAUUGCCAGCUUCGAUAAACCCAAGCUCAAGAAAACAGAGACACAGGAGAGGAACACCCUGCAUACCAGAGAGACCACUGAGCAGGAGAAGCAGAGUGAAAUUUCCUAAGAACUAGAGGAUGCCCGACUCCGUCAUCUUCAAGAUGCUCAGUCAUGAUGUGGAGG